ACUCCUGCAGGGGAGCAAUUCGCCUGCAAGCUCCCACGGGAGGAGAGCGCGUGGCUGUUUAAAGAGGCGUGUUGCUGGAGCACGUGGCUGGUUCGCGGAGGUCGGAGGUUGCAGAAAGGCUGACAUCGGUGUAGAACUUGAGACCGUGAGUUAUGGUGGGGAGAUCCCGGCGGCGCGGAGCGGCCAAGUGGGCAGCUGUGCGAGCCAAGGCAGGUCCCGGCCCAGCGGACGAAAAUGAAGACGAUUUAGAAAUGCCACCCUCGCCAGGGGACUCUAGCUACUACCAAGAUAAGGUAGAUGCUUUCCAUGAGGCCCGAUCCCGGGCUGCCUUGGCUAAAGGCUGGAGCGAAGUGGAGAGUGAGGACGAGGAGGGUGGCGAUGAGGAGGAAGAGGUUCUAGCCCUAGAUAUUGCUGAUGAGGACGAUGAAGAGGAUGACGAUGACGAUGGUGGGAGCUCCGUGCAGAGUGAGGCCGAGGUAUCUGUGGAUCCCAGUUUGUCGUGGGGUCAGAGGAAAAAACUUUACUAUGACACAGACUACGGUUCCAAGUCCCGAAGCCGACAAAGUCAGCAAGAAGUAGAGGAGGAGGAAAAAGAGGAGGAAGAGGAAGCGCAGCUCAUUCAGCGGCGCCUUGCCCAAGCCCUGGAAGAGGAUGAUUUUGGGGUGACCUGGGUAGAGGCCUUUGCAAAACCAGCACCUCAAGUAGAUGAGGCUGAGACCCGGGUCGUGAAGGAUCUGGCGAAAGUUUCAGUGAAAGAGAAGCUGAAAAUGCUGCGGAAAGAAUCACCAGAACUCUUGGAACUGAUAGAAGACCUGAAAGUUAAGCUGACUGAGGUGAAGGAUGAGCUGGAGCCAUUGCUACAGUUGGUGGAGCAAGGGAUCAUUCCACCCGGAAAAGGAAGCCAAUACCUGAGGACCAAGUACAACCUCUAUUUGAAUUACUGCUCCAACAUCAGCUUUUAUUUGAUCCUGAAAGCCAGGAGAGUCCCUGCACAUGGACAUCCUGUCAUAGAAAGGCUUGUUACCUACCGAAAUUUGAUCAACAAGCUGUCAGUUGUAGAUCAGAAGCUGUCUUCUGAAAUUCGUCAUUUACUCACACUUAAAGAUGAUGCUGGAAAGAAAGAACUGAAUUCAGAAGCAAAAUCCACCAAGGCCAAGCCAAAAUCUGUUUCAGAGACUGCUGCUGCUGCCUCUGCUGUUGCAGGUAUUUCUGAUGAUUCUGAUCUUGAUGAAGAAGCUGCACUGAAAUACUAUAAAGAAAUAGAAGACAAGCAAAAGUUGAAGAGAAAGAAAGAAGAAAAUAGUAUUGAAGAACAGGCCCUUGAAGAUCAAAAUGCAAAGAGAGCCAUUACCUAUCAGAUUGCUAAAAAUAGAGGACUUACACCUAGAAGAAAGAAGAUUGAUCGCAAUCCUAGAGUGAAACACCGGGAGAAGUUCAGAAGAGCCAAAAUUCGCAGAAGAGGCCAAGUUCGUGAAGUUCGUAGAGAAGAGCAGCGUUACACUGGUGAACUCUCUGGCAUUCGUGCAGGAGUUAAAAAGAGCAUUAAGCUUAAAUAAAGUUUUCACUUAAGAUUUUUGGCAAUAAUUUUAGAUAAAUAAAUUUUUAUUUUUAA